AUGGGGGCCGACGCGCGACCUCCGAGGGCGCCAGAGCAGGCGGAAGAAGGGGCGGAGUUCCUGUCUCGCCUGCUCUCCGCGCGCCCUCACCUGUCCCGCCUCAGCAUCGCCCCUCCCCGUUUCACCGGAACUUCCCACUUUCGAAUCGACACAAAAUUUCUUGAGAAUUUCUUCCGCGUCGCCUCGUCGCGCCUGCAAGAGCUCUCGCUGCGCGAGUGUCUCGGCCACACGACGAAGCUUCCUGCUACAGUCGCGUCGCUGUCGUCCCUGCGCGUGUUCCGCCUGUGCUCCAAGGUUCUCCGCUCGCUGCCCGACGAGAUGUGCCAGCUGUCUGCCUUGCAAGAACUUUACCUGAGCUGCCCGUUGCUGCAGCAGCUGCCCGAAAUCUUCGGCCGGCUAAAGAGCCUGGAGCACCUUUCGUUUACGAAUUGCAAGGAAAUGCGGCGCCUGCCGGAUUCGCUCGGCGAUCUCGCCUCGCUCACCUCUCUCCACGUCGACGGCUCGUGGCAGGUCGAUCGCUUCUCGCCUCACGUCGGCGCGCUGCAGCAGAUGCGGCGACUGGAGCUGCGAAACUUCACCGAUGCAUUCCCAGACGCAUGCGAGAAAUGGGCGAAUCUCGAACACGUAGCCCUGGAUUCGUGCGCCAACAUGGGCGCUUUCCAGCUCGCGUCCGUGCACUCCCUCACACAUCUCACCAUCAGCGCCUGCUUGAAGCUCAAGUCGCUCCCACCCAACCUGCCCUUUGCAACCGCAUUGCGCCAUCUAACCAUCAGGAGUGUCGAAUCCAUCGUGUCCCUCGAGCCGCUAAGCGCGCUCGUAUCUUUGGAGCGGCUCGAGGUGUCAAGCGACAUGUAUGAGGAGCGCUUUCCUGAAGCGCUCUUCGCACUGCCGUCGCUGGCAUACGUGAAGGUGGGGUACGUCCUGUGGGUGGAAGCUGACGACUUGGCACACACAGCACGGACUGAUUCUUCUGCUACCGCCGCCGCAGCAUCCACGGCCACACCCGUAGCCGCAGCAGCUGCACUUGCAGCAACAGGUGGAGGAGAAACGGCCUACCACAACCACUCGUCACUUGGCCCGUGUCUGGAGCAUCUCAGCUUCCGUGUGGCCAGCUUCGGGGACGGCUGGAGAAGAGGCACGAUUUCUCCGCAUCUGUGCUCGCUGCUCUCCCUCACGCACCUCUCCAUUGACGGCCUCUACUCCUCCGUCUCCCUGCCCUCCGACCUAGGCCAUCUCACCAACCUUCACUCGCUCUCCCUGCGUGGCAACUGGCUCGGCCUCCCGCAAUCUCUCUCCCGCCUCGCCCUGUGCCUGCGAUCGCUGAAGCUACACUACAGCAAGUACAAUAUGUCCGUCUCUUACGACCGCGCGCUUUCUUCCCUUCCUCACGGACCUCACCUCUCUCACACACCUCCGCCUCCACAACAUACACCUUCCCUCCCCCCUGCCUGGCUUUGCCCCCCUGCGCGCCCUCCGCACGCUGCGCAUAGACGCCUCUCUGUCGACUCUUGCAAGAAGUUCCACCAUCUGCCCGAUUCUUUUUCCUCCCUGCCCGCCCUGACAUUCCUCAGCAUAUUUGACUGCCCGAAAUUCUCCUCCCUUCCUGAGACCUUUGGCCUGUUGCCCCGCCUAACCCGCCUCAAAAUUGCCGACUGCGGCUCAGUCACGCACCUUCCUGGCUCCUUAUCCUCCCUGCCUGCACUCCGAGUGGCCUGCUUCAGCCAUUGCUAG